AUGGAUAGAAAUGGCUAUCUAAAUGAUAAAUCUCUAUUUGGUGCUAGCUCGAGUAGAUCUAUUUAGAGGAAAUAAACUUCUAAAGUAGGUAGUUAAACAUCUCGAAGCCAUUAUAAUACCAGCAUAUGUGAAAAUGAAAGGGGAACCUAGAAUUGUAAAAAAAUAUUGACUGAAUUUUUGGAAUAAACUCGAAAUAGAUAAUGUAAGUUCCAAUAUUAUUUGAUAGCAACAUUUUAGUUUUUAGAUCAGCGUAAUAAAUAAUCUUAAAAUCAAUUGCGGACGACAUAGAAUUCAUCUGGAUUUAAAAUUAAAGGUUUAGGAACAACAUAUUAAAGAAAAUUAGUGUCUGUAAUUCCAUUUGAGAAGGGAGUCACAAUCAAUUCAGAUGAAAACAAAAGAAUGUUGAUUAAAGAGGCUGAAAGAUAAUUUUUAUCUUAAGUCAAUGGUUUAAAUAAAUAAGAGGUGUUAUCUAAAAUGGAAUUAUUUAUAACAACUUAAUUACAAGAAGACUUCAAAGAAUUAGGAUAGUUAUUUUAAAUAUUUAUGAGAGAAGUGCAAUUAAAUCAUAUGGGUAUAUAUAAAUUACAGGCAAAUAAUUUCAAGUAAUCAGAAAUCUAUUAGAGUAAUGAAUUGGAAGGAAUUAUUAAAUAGUAAAAGAUUGAGAUCCUGUUUCUAAAAGAAUAAAUAGAGGAAUUAAAAAAUGACAGUAAUAAAAUCAAGAUGGAAAGUUCUAAAAUAAUGGCUGAAUAACGAGAUUAGCUUAAUAAUGAACGCAAUUUAGUAAAAUAACUGAAAUAAAAGAACCUUGAGUUUGAGAGCAAGGCUAAAAAAUAUAGACUAUUAGAUUUAGACAAUUAAGCUAUGUAGGUUAAAUUAUAAUUUUAUGAAAACAAAAUACAGAAAUUGGAUAAAAGAUAAAGUAAAGGAUCAGAAUCUCCUUUGGGUAAAGAUAAAUCAUUAACGUAAUUGAAUUAAUUGAUUAUCUAAUAAUAAUAACAAACAAGUAAGAGAUCACUUUCAUCUAAUAAUACUCUAAAUCAUGAUAGUUAUUCAUUGAAUUAGAUUCAAAUUAAUUAGGAGAAAAUAAUAGAAAUAAGAUCCAUAGAGAUUUAAGUUGAGAAUGAUUUGCUAAUAAAUUAUUAUAAAGAUUAAGAAGUUUAAACAGAUCUUUAAUUGAUUGAUUUCAAGUAUGAAGAUAUUUCACAAGAAAUUAUAAAUUUGGCUUUAGAAUUUAACAGUUUUAAUUAAUAGAAUAAUUAUUAAAUAAAUUUAGAUGAGAUGAUAUAAAAUUAAACUGAAUGCACAAAUACUCCAUUAAAUUAUGAAAUCCUUUCUGAUUCAUCUAUAAAAUCUAAUGGUAAUCAUUAAAACUUAUUUAGAUUUCAAAAACAUUAAACCAUAAUCUUAAUAAACUACCAGAUAAUCAAUAAUGCAUCGAUAAUCUAUAAAAUAAUCAACUCAUAGACCACCUGAAUUUAAACAGAAAUAGAUAGUUUAAUUCAUCAAUUUUCAGAAAUUUAGAAUCACUCAAUUGAAUAAUUAGAUUGAGGAAUUAAAUUAAUAAUUAUAAGAGAAUUAUUAGAAUAUUGAUGGAAUAACCAAAUUAAAUUAGAAACUUGAAAUUGAUAAUUUAUAAUUGAAGCUCAACAUUAGUGAGAUAACAGGGAAAAUAUAGUAGAUCAAAUCAGAUAAAAAUUAUAUUGAAAAUUAAAAUUUAGAGAAUGCUUAAAUAAAAUUGGUAGAUGUCAAAGCAGUUGGAGGGAACAAGCAAAAAGAAAUAUCAUAAACAACAGUAGGAAAAGGUCCAUUAUUAGGAUAGAGAGUAAUAAUAUUGAUUUUAUAUUAGAUAACAAUAUCAUAUGACUUUUAGAAGAAUUAAUCCAAAUUUUUAAUUGAGAAAAUAAAACAAAAAAAAAUAGGUUAGAUAUAAAAUACAAUCCCUAUUAAAUUAGUAUUAAAAUAUAUAACAACCUUGUACUAAGAAAAACUUUAAAGUCAAAAAGAAAAUAAAUUAUUGAAAGAUUAAGACAUGGCAUCCUUUAUAUAUAAUUAUUAUUUAAAAUAAUUUGGAUACACAAAAGUCACCGAAUAAAAAUUUUUGAUUCUGUUAAUCUCGAUACAAAAAAAUAUUGCCAUUGUGAGAGUAAAUGUUUUUGCAAGGUUUUUAGGAUUAUUGGAGGAUAGCUCUAAUUUCAGUCUAGAAGAAUAGAAAAAAUAUUUAGAGGCAUUGGAUUUAAUUAAUAGUAUGAGUAAUUAUGGCACAACUAUAAAGAAUAAUGAAGCUAAUACUCAAUAAUUUGUUCCUUAUAUCAGAGCUUUAGCUUAUUUAGAAUCUUUAUAUUAUUUUAAAUCUCAAGAUAAAUACAUAUAGCUUAAAAAAGAAUUAGACUCAAUUGUAGAGAAGGAUGUUGCAUAAUAAAAUAGAGAUGGAGUCUUAGAUUUUGAUUAGAUGAUGCUGAAGGUAUUAAGAUUAUUUAGAGAUAAUGUAUAAAAUAUAUAAACAUUUGUAAUAAAUGCAUUUAAUGCAAGCGAUUUAGAUGGGAAUGGCAUGUGUAAUUUAGAAGAAUGGUUAACUUUAAAUAAAUAUAUUGAGAAUAAAAAAUAUGAUCAAGUUAAAUUAUCUAGCAAAUUUUAAGAAAAUGCUGACUUGGUAUGUGAUGGAGAGAAAUAUCUAUCAUUCGAUCGUUUUUCAAUUCUUUGCUUAGAAUUAGAUAUAUUUAGCGAUGAUUCAUAGAAUAAUUUCUUGAAAGUUUAAAGUAUAAAUCGUAAAUAUAGAUUAGAUAACGAGGAAGUUGAAUAGAAAUUUGGAUUGCUGCGAGAGAAUUGGGCUUUUGAAUAUUAAACUUAAAUAGACAAGAUUAACCAAUCUAAAAUAGAUGAGGAAUUUAAAAACAAAUGGCUUGAAAUCUUGUCUGUCUUGGAUGAUCAUAUAGUAAGUAAUCCUGAAUAAAAGAAACCAAUUUUAAUAGCAUGGUAAAUUUAUUUGUUGGAAACAGAAUAGUAUUUUAAUAAUUAACAUGAAGAAAUUUAAGAAUGA